UGGGAACUGACCCUCACAAACAGCCUGACAUGUGCCACUUCUUCUGCACGCCCUCUGCUCCCAGCUGGGGACAGUAUCUGGGGCAGUGUCACCAGUCCUGCUCACACCUAGGUCUUCUUUUUUUGACAAAAUUUGUCUGUGGCAAGUUGGGGCUGGCACUGCUCUUCCCUCGGUGCCUCUAAUGCUGUCCUCAGCUGCUGGGCUUGAAGAAGCAAACCUGGCCUUGGUGCCCAGGGGACACAUGUGCAAGUGGCUCCUUGUGUCCUGGCUGGUGCUCCCUGGGCUGUGCAAUAGAGUUGUGCCCUGGCAGGGUGGGAGACCCUCCAGCACCAGAAGUGAUGGACUGGUUGAGCAUGGCUGUGGGACCUCACUGUGGUGGCCCUGCUCCUGCACCACCUCUGAGGGCUUUGCCCCUGUGCCUGCAGCUCUGCUCCCAGCACUGCCACAGACACAGUGCUGCUGGAAGAGCAGACCUGGAGUACCCCAGUGCUGGGCAGCACAGGACACCAUGGAGGCAGAUCAGCUGUGCCACAUCCCGUGCUCCCGUGUGGCAGCAGCCCCAACAGCCUGCCCUGCCCCACACAGGGCCUCCCUAGUUUCUCGGGGUUGUUUUUCUUCCUACCCCAUCCUCCCAGCAUGCCAGCAGCCACAAGGGCAGGAACAUGCCGCCUAUCUGAUAGGAGCAGUCUCUCUUGGCACUGCGGCCGGCGGCAGGGGGGCUGUGGCCUUGUGGUUUCAGGCACAGGGAAGUGCUGGUCUUGGGGUGGGGGGAGCCCCCAGCCAGGCUUCCUGAGCUGCACGGCCUCCACUUCCCAGAUAAAGGUAUCGCCUGGAGGAGCCGCAGCAGCUCCCAGGACACCGGGAAGGGCUGAGUGCGGCACGCGUGGCUCCUGCACACAGGUUGCAGGAUGGCAGCCUGCCUGUGCCAGGGCUGGCAGCUCUCACUGCUCCCUGCCAUCCUGCUCAGCCUCUGCAGCCCACCGUCAGCCCCUGAGCCAGUGACAUCCCAAGAUGCUGCACUGCUAGCAGGCGUGUCCGAGGACAUCCUCUGUUUCUCCCGCUGCUUCGAGGACCUCACCUGCUUCUGGGACGAGGAGGAGACAACAGCUGGGAUGUGCCAUUUCUACUACUGGUACAGCAGGGAUGUGCCCACAGCGUGCGUGGUCUCCACGUGGCCCCGUGGGGCUGGCGGGAAGCGACAUGUCUGCGUCUUCCCCAGCCAGGACGUGCGGCUCUUCACCCAGCUCCACCUCCGUGUCCUGAAUGCCACCACAAACCACACCAAGUACUGGCGGGAGCUCAGCGUGGACGCCGUGGGUCUCAUUGCUCCCCCAGGGAACAUCACUGCCCGCUGGGCCGGGGCUGCGGGGCAGCUCUGCGUGUCGUGGCAGCCACCCCUCGCUGACUUCCCAAACUUCUUCCUCUACGAGGUGCAGUGCUGCCCUGCCAGCUCCCGAGGGGUGCCCUGCAGCACCCCAUUGAACCCCGCUGGGCAGCACCCUGGGGACCCCUCCAUGCAGUCAACUGUCAGCACCCACACACCCAGGGCAGCCUCCCCAGCACUGGGACAGAGGCUGGUCCAGGCCAACACUCGAGUGGUGCUCCGGGACCUGGAGCCAGGGGUGAGGUACCACAUCCAGGUGCGCAGCAAGCCCGACGGUACCUCCAUGGACGGCGUCUGGGGGCCCUGGUCGCAGGCUGUGGCUGCAGAGACACCCCACUCCUCCGGAGACAUCGGGCUGUGCUGCAGUACCCCUGACCUGCGGCACGUGCGCUGCGAAUGGAGCUGGGACCCUGCAGAGCCCCACAGCUCCCACCAGCUCUUCUACCGGCCACCUCCAAGCAGGGCUGGCACAAGGGAAGAUGCAUGGCAACAGUGCGAGGAGGUGAGCGGGGGGGCACAGGGCACCUAUGCCUGCACCUUCCAGCCCAAGGCUGGCAGUGCCAUCUCUGUCCUGGUGAAUGUCACCAGGACCCACAUGCUGCCCACACUCAGCUACUUCAAGGAGCCCUUUUGGCUGCACCAGGCUGUGCUCACAGAUGCCCCACAGCUUGUGCAGGCAACAGUGACGCAGGGCCGGCUGAGCCUGCAGUGGCUGCCGCCCCUGGAGCUGCUAGCAGAGCAGCUGGACUACCAGGUCCGCUAUGCCACGGAGAACAGCCACGACUGGAAGGUCCUGCAGGUUCCGCGAGCAGCGAGGAAAGAGGUCCUGGACCUGCGGCCAGGCUCCCGCUACCACGCGCAGGUGCGGGCCCGGCCCAGCGGGCCGUGGUACCGGGGCAGCUGGAGCGCCUGGUCCAAACCCGUUGUGGUUGAUGCCGUGGCCGAUGCGGGCUGGCUCAUCCCCAGUGUUACGGUGGUGCCGCUGCUCUUCUCAGCAGUGCUCCUGGGGCUGCGCUGCACCUUCCCCUCCCUCUACAGCAAUGUGAAGCAGAAACUCUGGCCGCCCGUUCCCGACCUGCACCGUGCUCUGGGCAGCUUCCUCCAGGAAAGCAGCAAGCACGGCCAGGCCAGCGCCUUCGACAAGCAGCCGCCGGAGGAGGCCGUCCUGCCCUGCCUGCUGGAGGUGCUGCCCGGCCCGCUGCGUGAGGCGGGCCCGCCGCCGGAGCACGCUGGGGGCCGCCUGUCCAGCACCGACAUCGCCAACCAGUCCUACCUGCUCAUGAGCGGCUGGGAGCCGCGGGCAGCCACGACCGCCCCCACCCCGCCAUAA